CUACCAUGAUCAUUGCAAGUGCAUGGGACAUACUGCUUGGUGUAUUAAAAUGCAAGAUUGCCAAUAUUGCGAUUAGGGGCGGCGCUACAGGGGGGGUGGAGGGGGGGGGUGAAACACCCCCACUCGUCAGCGAAUCGGCAAAUUGUUAUCUCAGUCGGCAAAACUGGAUUGGCUAAAGAUAACCACUGAAGAAACCAAAAUUGACUUCCUAAAUAAUUGAAUUCAAUCCGAAUAUAUCACGAAUAGCAUGCAAAAGAAACCACACAUGCAGCAAUGCAAAUUCUUUCGAACAUAGUAUCUUCACUUCUUUCAGUCCAACCUCGUACCCAGGCUCUUUCCACUACGCGCCUCGCUGGAGGAAAGACCCUGAUCCAGGCUGGUCACGUGUCUCCCAGAUUUUGGGAGAUAACAAAAUUUACAUAAGGGUGGGGGACUAAGUUUGUGUUGCCGAUCUAGUUGCCGAUAUCAAUUCGAUAAAGUUCAGAGAGUGUGUAUUUUAACAAAUACAUGUAAUUUUAACGAAUAGCAAGAGCUUGUGUUACAAAAUCAAUGGGUGAGAUGUCUUUAUAUAUGUGUUUUCUUUUUGGAUUGCAUUUGCGACGUCGAUCUACGCAAGAUCUACAUACUGGAGUCUUUCAGUUUCAUAUUGGGAAAACCGCAAAGAAUUACUAGGAAAGGAUUUGUAAUAUACUCAAGGACAAGCAAAGAACAUUUGCCGAGCAGCCAAAAGCGAGUCUAUUGUAAAUUGCCGUAAAUUUUAAUCAAUCAGUGGAACGGCUCGAUAACAUGACACAUGCAGCAGCACAUAGAAAUAAGAAAAUACGCUAUUAUAUAGUGUGCAUAUGAGUAUCGAUAGUAUGUCUAUUUCGUCGUAUUUCAAUAAGACAUUACUGAGGGGAAUAUAUAUAUAUAUAUAUAUAUAUAUAUAUAUAUAUAUAUAUAUAUAUAUAUAUAUAUAUAUAUAUAUAUAUAUAUAUAUAUAUAUAUAUAUGAACUUGGCUAUAAGAUUUCUUCAGACAUAAAAAUACACAAAGUAUAUUUUCCAAACGUUUCGCCUGUUACGGCUUCUUCAGUGGAAUGUUUUUACAAUAAUAUUUCCUCCUAUUUAUAUAAAACUAAUUAAAAUGCUAAAUUUACAAUGAGUAUGCUAAUGUAUAUAAAAAUAUGCAAAACAUGCAAUUGAUUUAUUGUCCUGUAGUUUAAAAUACUAUAUAAUGUUAAUAGAUUAAAAUAAUUCAAACAUGCAACUGAUUUAUUGUCCCGUAGUUUAAAGUACUAUACAAUGUUAAUAGAUUAAAAUAGUUCAAACACUAAUUGUUCUACCAAUACAACCGUUCAUCAAGUCUCCAGAAUGUUUUUGUAUUUCAAAUGCUUCCACGUAUUUCCUCUCCCCGUCGUUCACUAUAUUAGCUAGGGCUAUUAAUUGUUCAACUGAUUCCACAACACAAAAGAGGUCACUUAAUCUCAUUACGGAGUUAUUCACUGCCAAUGGAUAUCCCAAAACAUUCAUUAAAUCCAUAAUUAGAAGAACGAUUCAUAAAAACAGACAACGGCAUAAUAACAAAGAUAACGAACCGGAGGAAUUAGAACAACAGCAAUUUACCUAUGUAAAGCUACCAUUUAUCAACGAAGAAUUUAAACGACAGGCUAUAGGGGUAGUAAAGCGAUCACGAAUACCGAAUAUAAGAUUACAUUUUACCAACGGUCCACCCCUUUCUAAAGUUUUUGCUCCACCAAAGACUAAACAGAACUGCCAGGGCGAAUGUGAAACGUGUAAGUUGUCUUCUAAACCGAACCUUUGCCUUAAGAAGAAUGUAGUUUACAAAAUCGAAUGUUCAAUAUGUGGAAUUGUUUACAUUGGGGAGACCGGACGAACAAUUGGAUCACGGAUCAAAGAACACUUGACAAUGGAAAAGCAGACGGUUUAUAAACAUUUGGAAUCCCACAAGAAAUCAAAGUUACCUACAAUAAAGUGGAAGAUUUUACAUGCUAAUAUAGUGAACGACGGGGAGAGGAAAUACGUCGAAGCAUUUGAAAUACAAAAACAUUCUGGAGACUUGAUGAACGGUUGUACUGGUAGAACAAUUAGUGUUUGAACUAUUUUAAUCUAUUAACAUUGUAUAGUACUUUAAACUACGGGACAAUAACUCAGUUGUAUGUUUGAAUUAUUUUAAUCUACUAACAUUAUAUAGUAUUUUAAACUACAAGACAAUAAAUCAAUUGCAUGUUUUGCAUAUUUUUAUAUACAUUAGCAUACUCAUUGUAAAUUUAGUAUUUUAAUUAGUUUCAUAUAAAUAGUGACGUUUACAUCUGGCAAAUUGAUGAAAUAAUUUGUAUUGAAUUGAUUAGAAAAUAUACAUUUUCUCAGGAACAAUCCGUGAAACCUCGUUCCCAGGGCUUUCGUAUGAGAAAGAGGCGAGGCACGAGAAAGCCCUGGUCUGGGCCGGUCAAUUUUGCAUUCUGAUUGGCUAACACCAUAUUGUCUAAAAAUAACUGAACUUGACAGUUGACAAUAUUAACAAUUCAACAUUUGUAUUUUUACUUUUUAUGAUUCUUGUGUGUACGUCGAGUAUGUUUUGCAAAAUAAUCUUUCAAAGUAAGACGUUUUCCCGACUGCAUGAUUUACUUUCGCCUCGGCCGGUUACAAAACUCAAAAGCCGUGUCGAUGUGAGCUGUGAUGUUUCCUGACAAAACAAGAAACUUCUACAAUUAUUAAGCUGUAGUUUUCCUUGUACAGUAUUUAUAAUGUAGUGCAGAUGUCUGACGAAAUACUUCGCGUAUUGUAGGCUGGAUCGAUAUACCGGAUAUAUCCGAUAUACCGGUAUUUGUUUAGAUACCGGUUUGGCGAUAUUGACAAUUUAAAAAUACCGAUAUACCGACAUUUCGGUAUUUUGCUGCCUAAUACCGAAAUGAAACGCUAUUUCAAGUCAAACUUGCUUACAAUCACGUUUAGAAAGCAAAGUUAAUACUCACAGAUGUAUGACAUGCAUGAAAACCUUUUCUGGCUUUUCAAGUUUUUUUUAUCGGAUAAGAAGGUAACUUUUUGUUGUUUUUAAUCUUAUUUAACUGACAUGCUAACUUGUUUAUUCGUUAGUUUUAAAAAUGCAACGUUUUUUAUGUUUAUAACUAUUAACAGCUUACUGAAACACUAUCUGAAUUUAUUCAAUUUCAAAAAGUUUGGGGGGAUAAAAUGUAAGCUAGUUACCUGUUUAAUUCCGGGUUUUCUUUUUAUUAUAUAAAACAAAUAGAUACGAUUUUGCCGUUGUCUGAUAGAAAGACUACAUAAAUAAGUGGCUAGCUGUCAUGUCGUUUUAUAAUGCCUUUUAUAGUUUUUAGCGUCAUGCAACGGAUAAAAGUGUUCCAAUGAAUGCCAAAGUUUGUCUGACUAUAUUGACUACAAAUAAUGAAGUAUCUGUACAGCAAAAUAUUAAUGAUCAUAGCUGGCGACAAAAAAUAUCAAGGCUCAGAAGUAAGUGCCAUUUUUAAAUGGCUGCCCCCGGCGCUUUAUGUUGCUUCUAGCGCCCGCGCACGAGUAGUAGCUUCACAACACAUAAUUGCAAGUUCUUGACGUACAAAUAGCGUAUUCAUUAAUUUAUUGCUAUUAUGUAUUUUUUAUAAAUUUUGACCACCGUUCCGGGCGUCGGUAGCCCGUGUGCUAAUUCUGCACGGCUAUUUAUAUGGGUUAGUUGGUGGUCAUCCAACUGCCAGACGUGGAAUGAAAUGAUCCAACUGCCAAGAUUUCAGUUGAAAACCUAUGGAAAAGUCGUUUUAUGCAAUGCGCUGUAAAGCGAUUUUAAAAAUUUUACUUUAAAAAAUAAAAAGAAGAGAUGUGAGAUGGGAAAUGAUGAAAAAUAAAUCAAGUUUGUUUUGUAUUUUUUUCAUAAUACAUGUACAUAACUGUUUUCGGGUUUAAUUUUUCACUUGCCUUCAAAUUGCCCGAUUUCAUAUUAAAACAGCUUCAAUAGAAUUUAAAAAGUCAUCAUUAUUUCCAAGAGCAAACUGUAUGAUUAUAAAUGAUUUCGUCUCAACUAAUCAAAAGGCAAGAUAAAAAGUUAAUUAAUCGGCAAAAACAGCCAAACAUACACAUGCAUAUAUAAUACUAUUACUAUGAAUAUUUGUUUAUGAGUCGUCCAUUGAUUGAAUUGAAGCUUUUGAGAAUGAAAAAUAACGUAUACCUAUACUAUAUACUGUAGAAAUUGACAGUUCUGCAGUUAAAAUUGUCAAACUUCAAUUAUAUAUUUUUGCCGUUUUGUAAAAAAAAAAGAAAAAUGAAAAAGCAAUGAUCGUGAUGCCAUGGCUAACAUGACGCGAGCAACGCAAGCCUGUAUAUUCAGUAUUAGCGUAGGGCGCAAUUAGGGUGCAUUAGUAGGGCGCAAUUAGGGUGCAAUGCCACUUAUGGUGUAAUGGGUUAACUAGACACAUGCCCAGAUGGUCUGAUUAACCCAUCGCAUUAUGGCGCAAUGCAAAUGAACAGGUUAAUGCGAAUCUUAUAAUAUCAGAUUUAUAUAGUGACUUAAUUCUAGCCCUAUCUAUACUAAACAUAGGAAAAUUAAUUUUGGAAGAGCGCAUUUUUUAAGGAUUUGUCAUUUCGCGGGAAGGGGUAUCAGGGAAAAGGGUUCUAUCUUCUAUAAAACUGGGCAAGAACAGCGAAACGAUUGGGUAGAGAGUAAAUUUGUGGGAAAGCUGUUGAGAAUUAAGGAAGUCGGCAGUUUAUUUCCGUAAAGUACAUUUCCAGUCAUUUCCCUUAGUAAUUGUAUUUGGAAUGAUAAUUUUGGUAAUGUGUGCCAUCAUAUUUGAGUCGCCACUAAAAAACUGCGAUCAUUACACCUCAAAAAUAACUCAAGAAUAAACGGAUGGAUCAUAAUGAUAUUGCUGAAACCGGGACAAGGAAGAAUAUAAUGUACCCAAUGUAAACAAUUAGAAAGAAUAAUCAAACGUACAUGUCAAACCAUGGAGGGGGAAAAUAACAUAAAACUGACUCCAAAAGUUCAAAGAUUAUUAGCAGGGGGGGGGGGAGGGCGGGGUUCGAGCGAGAAAAACAUUGGAAUCUUGGCAUUCCAGUAAUUCCACAGAAACAAAUGAAGCAGAUAUUAACACAAAGUAUAUAUUGUGUUCAGAGAACGUGUUUUCAAAAAAUAAUAAGUUCUAUUCCUGAGGGAAUUAAUGUUGAGAUCAAAAGCCACAUUUGUUUAUCAAACUACAAAAACGACUUUCUCUCCUUCCCAGAUAUACUCUGUUGUAUCAACCAGAGCGAACGAUGAAUGGACUCUUAUCGCACGCUUCUCAAAUGAUGAUUCUAAAUACUGGAUAGAUGACGGUUCGUUUUGGUAUGACAAAGACACUUCAUAUGGGGAUGAAGACAACCCAUCAAGCAAUAAGGAUAUGAUUUCUGCAGCUUUCUGGGAAACCAAAGGACACGAAAUAAAGAUCACAAGAAGUGAUGAUCACACUCACACAGCAUUAUUACAGACCACUUCAAAUUGUCUUCAAGGUAUGUUGGUUGCCAGACACGCAAGUUGCCAUGCGGGUAUAAAAGCUCAUCAUUAGCCAAUCAUAAAAAAGGUAGGUACAGUAGGCAGGGAGAUACUAUAGGUAUGUAGGUAAUCAUGUAGAUAUAGUAGAUAGGUAGGAAAGUGGACCGUUACUUAGCUUUUCUAUGAUACCUUUUUACAAUCGUAACGAUGAGAAAUGGCCACAUGCUCGUCAAAUAAAAAUUGCCGGUCGAAAUCACAUUCUUCCACCGUUGGGAAUUGUAAAUACAUUAAUUAUGCAAAGUUAGUCAAUCCAAAAGCGACCCGAGUCUGCUGCAAGCUAUUUGUGUCGUAAAACGUUUUGAUUACGAAUGUUCUCUGUGCAGUGGUUAAUUGAACCAUGUUUAAUGACGUUCUUAUUGCCUCACUAAGAAGACGAUUGACGAGUUGAGCUCAUUUUAAACAUCAAUUUUAAUUCCCUCUUGGUAAUUGUUUAUGUUUCGUUUUCCAUGCAACUCCCCACGGUGGAAGAAUGUGAUUUCGACCGGCAAUUUUUAUUUUACGAGUAUGUGGCCAAUUCUUAUCGUUAUGAUUUAAAAAGAGUAUCGAUCAUUGAAAAGAUAAAUAACUGUUGUUUCGUCAACAAAAAUUGAAUUGGUUAGCCAGCCACGUUUAUGAAGCACGAGAGCCUGUUGAAUUUCCACCCUGUAUAACAAUUUCACUUGCACGGAUUGUUUUAAGUCUCAAACUCUACACCUUGCCGUCAGGCCGUACACAGCAGGGGGGGGGGGCAGGGGGCAACUGCCCUUUUGAGAAAACUAUAUUUAUGAUUUUUGGAAUGACAUGAAUUAUUCUUUGGAUACUUGGGACUUUUUUCGGCAUAUAGGCCUUACCGCCCCCUGGUGAAAAAAUCCUGCGUACGGCCCUGCUUGUCUUAAAUACAGUAAGUCUUUGUUUGUAAAUUGUUUAUUACCCUUGUAAUGCAUAAACUAUAAAACAACGCAAAAAUAUGGUAGCUAAUUUUGGAAUUGGUUAAUGAGCAGCUGUUUUUCUAUUUUCAAAGGUGGGACAUUCAGAUCAAAAAUCACAAGUUAUGGAAACUUUCGUAAUGGUGCAGUCUGGGCCAGUGAUCAGUGUCUUGGAAGUUGUCCAGUAACUUACGGCGGUCAGUACAAAACUACAGCAGGUUUUGAACAGCACAGUUGCAGCAGUGAUAUACAGAAUAGUGGCCACAUUGGGUUUUGGUGUGAUUGGGGUGAUGGGGCAGUGAUGAUGAUUGGUGGGGGAGGAAAGAAUUGUGGAAGAGCAGACCAUGGUAUUGGAAUAACUGGACAAAAUAAAGCAAAGUUUGGUGGCAACACUGCUCAUUAUGAUUUUGGCAAAGACAUGGCCGUCACCCUUCAGAAGAGCUACUCACUUAAUUUGUGGGUUCGUUGA